AAACCGACGCCAAUGCGGAGAGUAGCGUCGCGGCGCUGCUUCAGUCACCCCUCCACAAUGGCGUCGGUGAAACAAACGAGCUUCGGUUGAAUGACGAAAUUUCGCGAUUUCUUUAAAUCACCGAAGCGAAAAAUACGGCGAAAAUUGUGGAUUUUCUAUCCAAAAUCAAGCAAAUUGUCUUCCAUUCUUCCUGCUGCUGGCUUCUAGGCUGGAGAAACGUGGAGAGAAAGUGCAAUGCGACACUUAUACUAUCUUGUGCGUCUGGCAACUUUACUAUUCUCCCAGUACUUAUGACUACUCAACUUUUAGGUAAAAACUGCGAUGGAGGCCACUAUACGUGUUCCCCGCCUAAAGAUUGUUGCAAACAAGGUUGUUGCUUCCUUUUAACUCCUGCAGUACACCGUCCUCCUGCCAUCCCUCCUGCGAAUUUUUUCAACCCUUUAUUUCUGGGUCACUGGUAUUUUUGGGUCGCUGUGACGGCAACUGUUGCAGGAAUUCUGUGUGCUUGCUCGCUGUGGCGGCGACAUAACCAGGGGAGCUUCUGUUGUAGGGAUUCGGGAAGGGAUGAAAGGGCUUCAGAGCCGGAUUCGAAUGGCUCCUGCUAUGCGCCACCUCAGUACUCGAGGUGUAAUAGCUUUCACCAGCCGCCACCGCCUUAUUCAGAGGUGACUUCAAAGCCAGAUUUGUACCCUUUGGUAAUCAGUUACAAUGGAGAUCCGGUGAUCAAAAAUAAUAAUAGUUCAACUGGUUAUUUAAUGGUGCAAUACUUUAGAAACUUUAUAGUACGACCUGUUGUAACUUUUUCAGGAUCUUUAUCGGCCACAAGCACCAUCGAUUCACUAAGUUCCAGUUUUAUUUGCAACGCUGCGAAUGAGGCCAACACAAUAAUCCCUCCUCCGUACUCUUGCAUGGGAAGUCUGGAGGAAGUAACUACCGAAAAUAAUCAAAGUGUUCAGUCCCCCGAGCCUCCCCAAAUCCCCCAAUCAGCCUCCGGCGACUUCCUCCCAACCCCCAGCACCCACACGAACCCCCCAACCCCCAUCUCGAUAUCGAUAAGAGACAACCCUUGCUUCGGACAGAACGCAACGAACAUUGUAAAUAAUUUAAACGAAACGUUGCCAAAUCUAGAACCUAGCAAAUGCCAAACUAACUGUGAUGCUUCGCCCUACAAGAAGAUAAAAAAACCGAUACUUCAAAGACUCCCGAAAGACCGAAGCCAGGACUCGGACGAAGACCACAACUUCUCCGACUUGCUAAACCUCUCCGUUUGCGUUCCCAGCAGUGUUGUCAACCUGGGGGCUUCAAUCCAAUCCAGCCACCUCCAGGAGCUCCAGUACAGUGUCACCAACAGCAUGACCGGGUCGGACAUCAGCAGCUUGGCCAAUCUGGGGUCCCCAGACUCGCCCCCGCGGGCCACCAGUCCCACCCUGGAGAUGAGGGAAUUACUCGAUAAAAUCCAGCAGCUUCCGCAGCAGAAGAGCCCCCAGCCGCCUAAGACAAGCCGCGUGAAGGCCAAGACGCUGUACAUGCCGCUGUACGAAGGGCCUAAGAAGGGCCUAAAAGGGUGGCUGUCGCGCUCCGCCCCCAACACGCCCUGCAGCAACUUUGCGCCCAGUUUCCCCAAGAAGGGCUCCAGCCAGCGGAGCAGCCGGGUGGUGGUGGGCGACGGCAGCCCCCUUCUGAGGGAGUACGAGGAGGACGCAAACAGGGACGAGUGUUUGUGAUUGCGCUGUCCAACACCAAAAUUCGUGUUGAGUUGAAGAAAACCAGUCAAUUGGAUUGACCCUGCUCAAGUUAUUUUUAUACACUCAUUGGGGGUUUCGGCACACGUAUUUACAAAAACGCUAAUUAGAGUUUGAUUAGGCACAAGUGCUUCAAGCCUAGGCCUAGGUAUUGUUUCGGUACCAAUUCUCUUCGGUUAUGGCUCUAAAAUUCGAUAUUUUUGUAAAAAUUCGUGUUCAAUUACCAUUAUUAUUAUGAAUGUUUGUAGUGAUUUUCUCGGUGUUGGAUGUUAAAAACGAUGAUUCAUUUUUGCAAAAGUGUACUUAUACCGAGGUUUGGUUCAAAGUGUGGUGGAUAAUGUUGCUUGGUUUUAGAUGCCUUGGCGAUAUUUUUCAUACCUACCGACUUACAAAAAUAAAUGCUUUUGACUAGUUGGCUGGACUAAACAAGGGUGAAACAAUCAAAACUAGGGGACAGUCUACUAGAAAGUUGGUUUCGUUUUUUCACAUUUUCGUUGUCCUGAAUUGCAUUAAACUUGAAUGUUUAUCUACAGUUUUAUUCGAAACAGCAACUUGAAAUGUAAUAAAAUGGUGACUAAUAAAAAGUUAUUUACGUCUAGAA